GCGCGCCCGGCGGCGCCCCCGCGGCGGCCGCGGCCCGCCGCGCCGCCAGCAUGACGGCCGGGAGGCAGGCGAGUGCGCGCAGCCCGUCGGCCAGGCACAGGUCGAGCAGCAGGGGCUGUGGGGUCACCUUCUCUUCCUCCCUCCUGCCACCCCAAGCCGUCUGAGUUGCGGGUUAUGCAGUAAGAGAGCACGUUGGCCUGGAUCUCCAGCCACCCACGUUCUAGUCCUGCCUCUGUCAUUUCCUAGAAUUGUGGCCUCGGAUCCCUGCCUGGUGCCACAGCAGCUGAGUGUGCAUCAAAUCUGAAGAAAAUCUACACGGUACACACAGUGCAGAUAUUCUGGAGUGUGUACAAUAAUAUUCCUCCUGUGACUAGCCUGCCUUUGAGAUGUAGUUAUCAUUUAAUGAGAGGCGAGAGGCGACCACUUUGGGAAGAGGAAAGUAAUGCAAAGGGUGGCGUAUGGAAGAUGAAAGUUCCCAAGGACAGCACGUCCACAGUUUGGAAAGAGUUGUUGUUAGCGACUAUCGGGGAACAAUUCACAGAUUGUGCCGCCGCAGAUGACGAAGUAAUAGGAGUCAGUGUCAGCGUCCGGGACCGAGAAGACGUCGUCCAAGUGUGGAAUGUCAAUGCCGCGUUAGUGGGCGAAGCCACCGUUUUAGAAAAGAUCUAUGAACUUCUGCCCCACAUAUCUUUUAAAGCAGUAUUUUAUAAACCCCAUGAAGAGCAUCAUGCUUUUGAAGGUGGACGUGGAAAACACUAAUUGCACUCUGUAAAGAAUUCUUUGUCCUUUGCUGAUUGGUUUUGGAAACGGUCUUAACAGGAGGGAGAGUGAAGAGAAGACUUGCCGAAGCCCGAUGCUGGUCCAUUUAGAGUGGGUUUCUGUCCUUGCAGAUUGAGCAAUUAGGACUCAAAGUGGCAGGUGGGGUGGGGGGAGAUGGGGUGGGUUUCUACCGGCACAUUACUUGCUUUUUUUUGGCUUUCUGAAUUCUCUGUUCUUUUCACUCCCCCAAUUUUUUUUUUUUUUUUGCCCUUUUAAAUUCCUCAUUCAGUCUAAUUAUUGUUUUCUGCACUCCCCUUUCAUUGAGGCACAAGAAAUCGGUUUCCCUUUAAGUAGCUCUGCUGUACCUAGUUAAUGAGAAUAUGCAUAAUCAUGAUAAUACUGCUUUUGAAAACCACACUGUACUCAGAGGAAUACUAGCUUGGUGAAACCUGUCUUUUGAUUAUUUGUUGUGACACAUUCCUACAUACUCUGCACUGGGCAUUGUUUUUUUCUGUCCCAGGGAAAAGGAAAACCUUACUUAAUCUGAUUUUUGCACUGACAGCACACAUAUCUUUUAUUUUUCCUUUUUAAGCAUUUUUUUUUAAGAGAUGAAAGGAAAAUAAUAGUUGGGUUGCCAAACAUGAAAACUAUAAUCACAGUUGAGGAUCAGGAUAUAAAUCAAAUUCUAGGUCUUUGGACCCUCUGUGGAAAUAUUUUCUAACCAGAAUUUCAAUUUGGCCUUUUCAAAGGAAGGCUUAGAGUGGUAGCAAGGGGGUUGUCUCAGUAGGAAACCUUAUAAUUUCUGAUUUAAAGAGGAGGUGAUAUUUUAAUUGUUUGAGUUAAGCUUCUUCCGAAUUUCAGGUGCAUAUACCCACUUAGGGCUUUCCAAGUCAAUUCACACACAUUCUGUUAAACGAGUCCCCUUUUUUCCUGCUCACAUCCUAUGUCAUUUCCUGUAAUGGAUCGUCCUCCAGCUAGGGGAAUUUUUCCCCCUUGCCUUCUUCAUUUAGGAACAGAAGUUAAAUCUCAUUUCCAGAAUGAAUGUGAACAUUCACAGAGAUGAACUCUUAACUGCGUUCUGUUCAUAUUAAUUUUGGAACUGUUGAGAUACGUCCUAUUACGUUACCAAAUAAGUACUGGGUUUAGUAGAAGGAAGUGACCUCCCCCCCCAUGCACCCCCCCAAUCCUGGAACACUCAGAAUGUUCCGAUUUCCCUCUUUCCACUCUGCCAAGCCUCCUGCUGCGUUUUACCUGAAAGAGGCAGGGCCCUUUGAAGACCCUUCCUCCUGAUGGCUAUUUUUCUGGAGUCAGGGAAGCCAGGACAUGCUUAUACAUGUCACAAAAGGAUGGUGCACUCAGAGCUCCGUUGUACCCAGGAUUUUUAAUUCCUCUCGCAGUAUUGACCAGCAGAGAGAGGUGGUAGCUGCUUCUAGCCGUCCACCUGUGUUUGUAAAUAACCUUCGCCAUUCAGGCAUUUUAAUGGACUUCAGACAGUAUCUAUUUACAAAAGUUGUGCCCUCCACUUGCAUUACUAACCAUAUCAGCCAUAAUAACAAUGAUCAUAGUUUGUUUUUUUUUUAACGUUUUUGUUCUCAACUUUUCUUCAUUGACUUCAGAAUGAGGUAUAUCAGACCCAUUUUUUAAAAGCCUGGAACUUCUUUCUUUAAAAGAUUGUGCUAACAUCCAACUUGUUUUUAAAUUACUCAUCAAGGAUUUAGAAAAAUAUUCGUGGCAUGAAUUUCAAUUCUUUUUUAUAAUAUAAGUAUUUUUCUGAUAGAUUAGACAAAAAGGAUAUAAUUGACUUAUCUUCAUUAUAAUUGUCAUAUAUAUUUCCAGAAGUAAAUGGAUUUUGAAGUAUUUUUAUUUUUGAACUUUAUUUAAAGUAUUGUGAUGACAUGUUCAACUUUUGCAUGUAUGUAGCUUUUGAAGUAAAAAAAUAAAAUGAAAGAAAUAGGAAUGUUAGGCUCCCAUCACUGUUUUCUAGUUUCUUUUGUUUAUGAUCACAAAACGUGGCUUAACACACAAAGUAAAUUUUUGUCCCAGAGAACUUGUGCAACUCUUUCUGACCCUGCGGAAAAUGCCAACCCUGAGAAGGAUUUAACUUGCUGGAGUUAAGAACCUAUCAUCUAUGUUCCUCUAAGGGAGGAUUUUGUCAGAUUUUGCUCUGGAAAUUGUUUUAAUUGAAUAUUGAGUUCAUAAGAGACAGUGUAUGAACUAAGCUGAUUUAAUCAGUUUAAAAACCUCUCAUUACCUUUUUGGAUUAAAGAAGCUAAUGCUCUUGUGAGAUAGAAGAAAAUAUUUUGCAGGGCAUGUGACUUUUGUGUUGGGUGGCGAACCCACCUUGGCCGUUGCUGGGAAAAGUGAGCGCUUGCAGCAGAGUCCCAAUGUCUUUCAGCCACGUCCUUGCAGGUGUAGCCUGGGCUCUGCAUCGAGACAUCCAGAAGCCAGAGAGCUCACCCUCUGGUCUUUGUCACGCCUCAAGAUCUGUGAUGCAGAGCCAGGGACUCUGACUGAAAUCAAUACACCUUUUCUCUUGCUAUUCUUCCCCAGGCUGUCUGAUUUCAGGUGCUUGCUUACAUCUAGCAAGUUACACCCAUCGCAUAAGGAUGGAUAAUACCCAUUUAAAGUAACUUGUCUGUAUUUCAGCUUACUUCUGUGAGUCCUUAUUGAAAUGCUGACUUACUCCAUUUUAAUAUUUCCUUGGCCACUUUCCCACAUUUCUGAACUAAGAGUGUAUAGUUUAUACAGGACAUUUCCUUUUAAUAUAAUGUGUCUAUUAAAUUCAAGAUAGAAUUGAUGGGGAAAAAAACCCCAUGAAUAGGAAAACACAAUCCUAGUAAAGCCUAAGUGGAGUUUAACUUGACUCUGACUUUCUCCACUGUCUUGAAUUUAGCUGCACCCUAUAUCAGUCACAGGACACUAUCCUUCAGAGAAAUGUCGAGUAUGGUUGGGUCCACUAGACAUAAUGUAUAACCUCCCAACAGAGGGAUUGUCCCUUGUGAAAGGACAGGGGAGUAGCCAGUGUAACAGAGCUGGGCUUUCAGGUCUGCAGGCUACAUCCUGAUCCAGGCUUCCUUAAACAGACAGCACUCAAAGUCUGUCACCCUAACCCCAAAACAAAUCACCCUGUACAAGCACUAAAUAUCCGAUCUAAUCUGGCCAUUGAUCUUAUUCCACAGUCCUUGUUAUAAACAGCUCUCAUUCUCUCCCUGUCACAUUCAGUGACUGAAGCGGUGUCACAGGUUGGUGUUUGAAAAUAAACUUAUUAUUCCAGGAGAUGGGCCUUUGCUCUAAGAUGCCCACCUCUUAGAGGAGCCUAACUUUUGUACUGCCACAACUCUAACAGCAUUUGGAGCGAUCACAUGGUGGCGCUGCCUUCCCGCGCGAUGGUGCUGGCUCAGCAACAUAAUUUAUCCAGCUCUGUAUAAUUAUUUUAAGGUUCGACUGCAUACAGCUCUUGUGAUCUUAUAAAAAUUUGGUGAGAUACUACCAGUAGAAAAGUUUAGCUCUCCUGCACCUAAUAAAAAUAUGUCAAAGAUAGAACACUCCGGAUGUGCUUGAAAAAAAAAAAAAAAAAAAAACCACCUCAAAUUGUGGGCUCUCAUUGAGCCGAUAAGUAGUUAGGAAGAGAAGGAAUGAAAUAAACUAACAUAUAGGAAAUACCAGAAAUAUUUUAUCCAAGUGGGCAAAUACUGUGCCCAAAGGGAGAAGUAAAAUUAGAGUUUGAUUCCUUUUUUUUCUUUUUUCUUUUUUUUUUUUUUUUUUUUGCUGCCUAAAUAUGAAAGUUCCCCCUUAAAAAUGUAAGUCGGCCAUUCACCUUUCCUCUAUAGAUGUUUCUGUAACAUUUCCCUCAUUACACAUGUAAGUAGAGGACUGCCUGUAGGUAGUUUAUUUCUUGCAAGAGUAUAUGCAGACUGAUUGCAAAUUACUUAAGAGUUUGGUGACUCGGGAUUGGAAAUGCCUGGAGCACUACCUCAACAGCAGAGAGGCAUCAGCAGGUGAGAAGGAAAAAAAAUAGGAACAGGAAGGCAGUGCAAAAUCCCUUGGAACCUUUUCUUCUAUGUAGUGGUUAACGGUGGCGUCUUCCUCUGCAUCUCCCGUGAAGAAAAAAAAACAAACAUACUCCUCACACAUCUGAUGAUGCAGUUCUGUUUUUGUUUUCUGCUUUUACAUAUACAUCAAAAUUCAAGAACACUUCUUGUUAGGUUAACCCAUUCUGGCUCAGAGUCACUUGUGUUGGUCUGGCUGACAGGACUCCACUUUUAAAACUCACAGAGGUUUAGGAUUUUAGAGUGGAAGGGACCUUCGAGAUCAUCUACCCGUGCCUCUCACCCCUUAGCAUGGAGAAGCAUCACUGGGGUGCUUACUUAAGAUGCAGAUUUCCUGACCUCCAACCUUUCGUUUUGAAUUCAGCAGGUGUGGGAGGCCUAGAAAUCCGCCUUCUUAGCAAGUGCCCCAGUGAUUGUAAUGUGGGUGGUCCCCAGACCCCACUUUUCGAACCUCUGAUUAUUUCCAACCCUCGGAUCUGACAAAUGAGGAGAACCUCCCCCCCGCCCCCAAGCUUCUCAGGUGACCUGAUUCAAAUGUCUCAUACCAGCAACCUUCUGAAGGCUGGAGAAAGCCAUUAUUCCUUAGAUUUGAGAAGAUGAUGGUUGUAAAUAAGAACUUUAUGGCUAGGGCCACAAGCAGUGAUGGGUAGCCCAUUUCCGGAAGUCCAUAACAUAAAGCCCUUAAUACAGACUGGUGGCUUUUCUCUUUUCUAAAUACCAUUUCAGCCUGUUAAGAGAAAAGAAAUUAAUGUUCAGAAAAAGUAGUUACCCCAUAUGUGCAGUAACUACUUUUCUAUAAUGUCUUAUGGCAUCUGGGGUUCAGCAUCAUUGAACAAGAUUAAAUGAACGUUAUAGAGCUAUAAAAUUGCAUGUAAAAUAACGCAAAACUGUUCAAAUGACUAUCAAAGUAGCCUGGGAAUGAAUUUCCACUAAAAUUAAUUGUCACUCCUAGACUUAGCUUAGCAAAGCUGUUACUAAACUGGAAGGAUUCUUUAAUACAUAGAAGUGUCAAAAAAAUCAAAUAAGGAGUCAUUGUGAAGUCAAUAUUAUUUUGUUCAUCAUUGCUACUAAAAUUUAGAGUCCCAUUGUAUAUGUGUGUGUUGACUGUACCUUAUUAGAAUAUCCAAUAAAAUAGCCUUUUGGAUAUUCUAUGCUCUUGUGUCCUUCAGAAAUCAUGAGGUUGAAGAAAUCUGUGUUUAAAUGUGUUUGUUUUGGUUGCUGCUUUAAAAAAGUGAUUAACUCAUUUAUCGAAAUGUAUGAUUUCUUGCUGAAAAUUUCACCUUCUCAUGUUGAAGUCAGGAUUUCUUUUAAAAAAACUUUUGUUUUGGAACAAGUGUUUGGGAUUUAUUGAAGUGGCACUUUUGCAUGAGAGAAACAAGCAUGAAGUAAACAUAAGCAUUUCUGAGUUUUCUAUAGAAUUUUUUUUUUUUUUUUUU